GACGAGGACGCCAUUGCGUUGCUAUGAGCUGUCGCUCCCCCUGCGGCGGCGGCGGCAGCGGGCGGACCGGGCGCCGAUCCUGUGCUUGCCUUCCUCCUGACUCCUGCCUGUUUCCUGGCUCCUGCUGCCUGCCGCGCGGGCCGGGCUGUCUGUCCGGCGGCCUGGUGGCACUAGCGGGGCGGAGAGGAUGAGCACGGCGGGACCGGGCGGCAGCAGCAGCAGCACAAGCAGCAGCAGCAGCAGCAUCAGCGCAAGCAGCAGCAGCAUCAGCCGCUGCCGCGGCGGCGGGGCCGGUCACUGAGCGAGGAGCACCGCGGCGGACUCAGGGCAUGGAGCCCCAGCCCGGCGCCUCCCGCCCGGCCGCCGAGGAGGAGGAGGACGGCGGCGGCGGGUCCGGCGGGCAGCCGGAGGCGCUGUCGCUGGAGGAGAUCCUCCGGCUCUACAACCAGCCCAUCAACGAGGAGCAGGCGUGGGCCGUGUGUUACCAGUGCUGCGCCUCGCUGCGCGCCCGCGCCCGCCGCGGAGAGACCCCCGCCGCCAGGCUGGGGGCGGCGGCCGCGCACCUCCGCGUCUGGCGGGACGGCGCCGUCACCCUGGAGCAGGACGAGCCCGACCGGCCGCCCCCACCCGCCGCAGAUAAAUCAGGCCGUUUACACUGCACAGAAAUGGAGGUUAUUGAAUCACUAGGGAUUAUUAUAUAUAAAGCUCUGGACUAUGGUUUGAAGGAAAAUGAAGAGAGGGAAUUAAGUCCUCCACUGGAGCAGCUUAUUGACUACAUGACUAAUGCCACAGAAACAGAUGGGAGUAGGGAUGAAGGAUAUGAUGCUCUGGAUGAAGGAGUGGAGGAUGACGAUGAUGACAAAGAAGAAGUUGAGGCCAUUCACUCCUAUAAAGAUGUCAUGAAGCUGUGUGCUGCCCACCUGCCGACGCGAUCGGAGGCCCCCAACCACUACCAAGCAGUGUGUCGGGCUCUGUUUGCUGAAACUAUGGAGCUCUACACUUUCCUGGCCAAAAUUAAAAGUGCAAAAGAGAACCUGAAGAAGAUUCAGGAAAUGGACAAAGAGGCAAGUGAUGAAUCCAGCACGGAUCUCGAUGAGCUGAAAAAUGCUGACUGGGCCCGUUUUUGGGUGCAGGUGAUGAGAGAUUUACGGAAUGGCGUUAAACUGAAGAAGGUUCAAGAGCGUCAGUACAACCCACUGCCCAUAGAGUACCAGCUCACACCCUAUGAGAUGCUGAUGGAUGAUAUCAGGUCCAAACGCUACACCUUAAGGAAGGUCAUGGUCAACGGUGACAUCCCACCUCGAUUAAAAAAGAGUGCCCAUGAAAUAAUCCUGGAUUUCAUCCGAUCGCGACCUCCGUUAAAUCCUGCCUCGGCAAGGAAACUGAAACCAACCCCGCCACGGCCCCGCAGCCUCCAUGAGAGGAUCCUGGAGGAGAUCAAGGCAGAGAGGAAGUUACGUCCAGUCUCCCCUGAUGAGAUAAGGCGGAGCAGGCUGGAUGUACCGACGCCAGAGGUUGGCAGAAAAUUAGUGGAUGCCUCUGUAGUGAACGGCAGCCCGGCACCCCAAGGAAAGCAGAACGGGGCCACACAGGCGACAGUGCAACGCAAGAGACUCCUUAAGGCUCCCACCUUGGCUGAGCUUGACAGCUCAGAUUCAGAGGAGGAAUCAGUGCCCCAGUCAGGAAGUAGCAGCAGCAUCUCCCCCUCACAAGUGGAAGACCCCUCUCAAGAAGGAACCAGCAGCAGAAAGAUGCCUCCAAAGUUCUUGCCCAUAUCGUCCACGCCGCAGCCCGAGAGACGGCAGCCGCCUCAGAGACGACACUCCAUUGAAAAGGAAACACCAACCAAUGUGAGACAGUUCCUACCCCCUUCAAAACAGAGCUCCAGGUCACUUGAGGAGUUCUGUUACCCCGUGGAAUGUCUGGCUCUGACAGUGGAGGAGGUCAUGCACAUCCGUCAGGUGCUUGUGAAGGCGGAGCUGGAGAAGUACCAGCAAUAUAAAGAUGUCUACACUGCUCUCAAGAAAGGAAAGCUCUGCUUUUGCUGUCGAACAAGAAGGUUUUCUUUCUUUACCUGGUCUUACACUUGUCAGUUCUGCAAGAGACCUGUAUGCUCACAGUGUUGCAAAAAAAUGCGGCUGCCAUCGAAGCCAUACUCCACCCUGCCCAUCUUCUCCCUGGGACCCUCAACCUUGCAAAGGGGAGAAAGCUUCAUGAGGCCAGAGAAACCCUCUACCAGUCACCACCAUUCCCUGCGGAGCAGGUUGACCUCAAGGUCCAAGUCUGUGGAUAAGUCGCACGAAGAGUUUCCCAAAGAAUUAAUGGAGGACUGGAGCACAAUGGAGGUUUGCGUGGACUGCAAGAAGUUCAUCUCAGAAAUCAUCAACUCAAGCCGGCGCAGCCUAUCCCUGGCCAACAAGCGAGCCAGGUUAAAAAGGAAAACGCAGUCCUUCUACAUGUCCUCACCAGGAACCUCGGAGUACUGCCCCUCGGAAAGGACGAUCAAUGAGAUCUGAGCCCCGUGCCUUCUGCUUUGCUUCAUCUCCAUGAGGUCAUCAUCCAUCAGCGAGGUCACCGGAUCCGGAUUGUCACCCCGUUGCUUCGUUCACUUGACUGGCUUGGGUUUGCCUUCGCUCCCAGGAUUUCCUGCUCCAGCAGCUCCCGGAGGCACAGAGCGCUGUGUUUGGAUCUGUGCAGGGCGAUCCGCGGCACGGCAGCUGCUUGCACUGGGAGAAAAUCAAUAGUUGGGAAUUGCUGCCUCUUUCGUAGGUGUGUGUCAAAAUGAGAAAGCCUUUUCUCGCUUUCAGUCUUUUCUUAACCAUGCUUUGAAUCAUUUUUCAGGAGAUGAGCUGAGAGCAGGUGUCUGGUGGAGAACCAGCUCUAGCACAGUGUCAGCGUUAGCACACUAGCAAACAAUAGGUCCUGCUGCAUUCCCACCCUUGUUGAGGCAGCCAAGGGCUGCGUCGCAGAGCAGGCACCCAGCGUGAGCAGCUCUGGUGAGAUCCAUCUUCCUUUGACCCAUUUGGUUGCUCUGAGAUCAGGGUUCAGCACGGGACUCUGUCAGUGUCAGCGCCCUGGGGCAAAGCAGGUGACAAAGCUCUUGGCCCGUGUGGUUGGUCACAGCCCUGAGCUGCUGUACUUCUUAAGCCUUAGUGUCCUUCUGAGUGACUCCUGAGCAGGUUUUAGUUGUUCACUUUCUAUCUUGAAUGUAUGAUAACGACUACUAGUAGCAGUGAAUUUUAGUAGUAGACAAAGUUGUACAGUUUAUGGGGAGGAUGGGAAAUAAGGGAGGCUUCUAAUUUUAACUGAAUACCUGUAAAAUUGUUCUUGUGGUUACUCAGAGAAAGCAGUGAGUAAGGUGUAAAUUUGUAUUAUAAUGGAGCACACAGAUACUGCUAUAGUUCUGUCUGACAGCAUAUCCACUAGUAGCCCCAUUUUUUCUGGGGUUUAUAACUUGGCUGUAAAAAUUCGUGUUUGGCUGAAAUUUGGGACAGCGCUCUCUCAGAUUGGGAGCGAUCUCAUUUUUUUCUUUAAUCUUUUUUUCAUUCUUUCCCCCUUUUUAAUUCACUCACAAGGGAGUGCUAGACUAAUUGUUUAGAAGUUUUACAACGUUAACUGACUUCUCAUGCUUUUUUGCACUUUUUUUUAUAUUCAAAAUACUUUUUUUUUUUUUAAUUCAGUCAUAGCCAGAGUUUAGUCAAUAAUUUGGGGCCAGAUCUUUUUGGUAUUUAAAAACAAGCUAACAUAGCCAAGUUAUUAAUACUUGAAAUCAGCUACUGUAACUUUUUUCAUAAUUUUUUUAAUACCCUGAGGCAUAUUUAAUAUCUAUAUAGCAGUGUAUUAUAGAAUGACAUAGCAGAAAAGUUUCAGAUCUAUUUAUUAACAUUUCUAUUCUUCGAGUUAAUGAGAGAUACCUCAGAACUGCUCCAAAGUCGCUGGGACUGGACUUCCAUAACAUAAUUUUAAAGGUGUAUUAUACAAAACAGCUUCCUCUGUCCAAAAAACCCAAGAGACAGACUGCCCCUCUGGCCCUGGCAAGGCACAGUGCCCAGGCUGGGAGGCACCAGGGCUGCUUGGCUCCCAUUUGGCAGCCUUUGGAGCAGCCAUCCAUAUCGUCUCUUUUAGGCUGAUUUGAAAAGCACACGCAAAAGUCUCUGUAAACCUUCCCAGGGAGUCAGCCAUCCUUAUUUUUUUCUUAAAAGCUCCCUUGGAAAAUGAGAAUUUUCACAUAUGUGAAACUAUUGAAAUAGUUUCUAUUUUUUUCUGAACCAAUGCAAACAGGAAAAGCAGGGCUCAGUGCUAACUCUCCCUUCUUGCUGUCCCAUUUAAGGUCAGGUGUCACAGCCCUCUCCUCAUGGUACCUCUGGAAAAGUGUCUUGCAUGUUAAGGCAUCUGGAGUACUGGCAUGGGAUAGGGAUGCAGGAUUGCAGGGGAGCAGCACAGGCUGGCUGGUAGGAAAGAUUCUGCUGUUGCUGUAAGGGUUGCCUGAUCUCAGUCACAUCAGCACUUUUUCUUGUUUCUGUGCCAAAACCAGGCCAUGUGUUUGCUGCACAGUGCACCAGGGGAACCAGACAGAAACAAAUGCAGGAAAUCUCACUUUGCAUCUGCCCUGUUGUUGUCGGGACUUUUUCAUGGAGAUGCCCCGGCCACGUUUCAGUUGCACAGUCCUGUGCUCACAGUCUGCUUCCCUGGUGUCCUCAAACCACUGAGGUGCAGGGCAUCCAGCACAUUAAUUUUCCUCUUGGAGAGGAAUUUGGGAUGUUGUAGAGCAGGCAGGAUGAAGGACUAAGUAGCUCCCAAGAAUGUAAAGGCAAACAAGUCUUUCAUGCCUGUGCCCUGCUCCACUCUGGCAGUGUCCGGGGGUGGCUUUGGGGCAGUGGCAGAGCCUUGUGAUCCAGCCUGUGCCUUCCCGGAAGUCCCACAAGUCCUUGGCUCAGGGCAGGCUCUGCUGUGCUGAGCAGGGCACAAACACUGAAAAACAACGCAGUGGUUGUACAGAUGGCACCCUGUUGCUCACACAGAGCUUCCCUGGGCCAGGGCCUGGAUAACCUCCCUUUUUUCCCUGGAAAAAACCCUCCAAGCUGCUGACACGUGCUGUGGCAGGCUCCAGAAGACACGGUGUGGAGGGCUGCCUCUCCCCUUGGCUCCUCCCUGGCACAGUUGCUCCGCAUUAUCCCAGCAUUUCAUUCCCCGAGCAGAGAAGCAGCGGCUUGGUUGGUUGCGGGAAGCCUGAAGGAGCUCAGCUCGCUGGUUGCCUGGCUCUGCAGAGGGGGCUAUUUUUAGCUUUCCAUCUCCUCCCUGCCUGCACCAGCAUCCCAAAUGCACUGCAGCCAUUGGCCCAGCACCCCGUGGUGCUGCCCAGCAUGUCCUAGUUACGGGCUGAACUUCACGUCAGCGUCGGAGGGGGAAAUCAGAAGCUUGUAAAUAUCUGUAAUAUAUUUAUUAAUAUUUAGGAAGUCUCCAUCAAUCAUGAAAUGGGAAUUGAAUUUCCCAUGAUGUUUUAAAAAGGAAACGAGUCUUAUUUAUAUGUGUGUUGGCUGUUAUCUUUUAUUAGAGUUAACGCUUUCAGCCCCCAAUACAGUUUGCACAUCUUAGAGUGAAUUACUGCUGAAAAGAACGCAGCACUAGCACAGUGAACUCUGUUCCACGAAUUUUAAAAUUUUUUUGUUUUGUUUUUUUUUAGCUGUAUUAGUAUGCCCAAGGUCUGUUAAAAUAUAUCAUAGGAGAUCCAAGGAGCUAAAAAUACCUCUGGCAGGAUCAGUCUUGUUUUGUAUGUGAACCUGGUUGUGGGGAAUGCAAAACCAGCUCUGCCUCACGGUGGUGAUGGAAGAUGUGAGCAGGCUUUUGCUGCAGCUCUCAGACCUGACCUUUCAAGUGUUCAUGGUGACAGUAGUGUUUUGAGGGGUUGUUGGGGUUUUUUUUCCCUUUCUCCAUUACUUCCUUUAUACAGGGAGGGGUGUUACCUGGUAAAAAUAAAAUGCCUUUCCAUUAUAACCUUUGUCUGUGUUAAUUAUUCAUGGGGAAGCUGAUUUAAAGGUUCUGUCUCUCUCUUUUUCAUGCUUUUAUAGUUUUGUAAGAUCAGUCAGAUGUUUCUUUUGGCAAAGAAUUGUUAACAAAAAUGAUUGCAUAACAGCUGAACACUGGCUGGGCUGCAUGAGGGAUGAAAACCUGUUGAAGUACCUUUAGAAUAGCAAUAAAAACUGCUUGUGUAACCCCAGUGAUGUGAUUAACUCCUUGUCAUCAUCUGCAGCCAACUCCCUCUGUUACCAGUGGGCUGCUUUUUCCAACACUGGCGGGCUGUACCUGAGGCAGCACAUUUGUCCUGCAUGUAAUACAGGCUUUGGGAAAUCUCUAUCCCUCCCUCAUCAUUGAGAGAGAAAUGCUGACAGUCUUUUGGAGCGGUUUUUGAUGGAUUUGGUUUAGUUUUUAAACCAGAAGUGGAGAGAACAUUAUUAUCACAACUCUUACAUCGUUCUCUCCUCUCUCUUGAGCAUCCCUUUUUCCCCAGUCAAGCUCAGCAUCAGCUUAACUGGUUCGUUACUGGCUGCAUGCUCUAUAGGUUAAAACUUAUUUAGAACCUCCAACUUUAAACUCCUGAUUGCUACCUUCCUGCUUUACUUCAUCCAGCAGCUCUGCACAACUCUUAGGAAUGUCUGUCUUACAUCUCAGUCUCAUCUGUGAAACAGUGACAGCACACAGGCAUGAGAGAAAGGUGCUGCAACUCCACACUCUGGUGCUACAGCAGAUGGAUUAUAUUCAUGUUACCAGAAAAUUUUAUACUGUUGCCAUGUUAAUAACUUGGAGCUGCUCUGGUUUAUUUCUUCUUUUGUGUAUGUGUAUCUUAAGGCCAGUCUGAGAAUGUUUAUGAAUACCAAUUCCAUCUAUAGAAACCUCUUUCAUUGUUUCUGUCUGAUUUUUACUACUGUGUUUUAGACUUUUUGGGUACCUGAAAUUACUAUUCCCCAGAACUUCCUUGUAGGAGAGCCAUGACAGAGGUGCAUUAGCUCAGCCUGAUGGGACACAGAAAGCACAGAACCCUGUGCUGAGUGGCACCUGUGAGCUCCUGCAGCCCAGAGCAGAGGCAGCCUGGGGCCUUCCCUGUUCCCUCACCUUGACAUUGAAAAAUCCCAGAGCUGCCCAUGUUGCUCAGCUGCCCUGGCACAAGUUGAGAGCUGCUUUGUGUCCCAGAGUCCCCAGCUGCAAAAAGACACUUUAAAGUGGUUACAAACUGUUUAAAGAAUUUUGAGAGCUGCUACUGAAGAGCUGAGUGCUCAGUGUCAGAGCUGAAAGGAUCCUGCAGUGGAAGUUUCCAUCUGCUUUCAGUACUUGAAAACAAUUAGCCCUACUUCCAGGUGAAACAAAUUCCAGAGAGGUGAAAUUUGACAAUACUCUGACAGGCAAAGACUUGUGAAUGAAUUUUUCUAUGGUAGGUCAGCACUCAACAAAUGUCAUGGGGUGUAAUCAGGAGAAGGAGCUAAACAGGCAUCAAAUUGUAUGCAGUAGUAGCUUAGUUUGUUUAUUUGCAAUAAAUCAAUUCAGUAAUGUUCCAGUUUCUUCCCCGGUCAGGCUGUUUUGCAGUGGCAGGGCCUGCCUGAACUGAGUGUCAGAUGUGAGGUGGCUCAGGCUCUGUGUCCUGAGGUAACAGGAGCUGCUGCUGUCUGCACAGGGCAGCGAGAUGGGUUCUGUAGAACAUUUCGAGAUGUUUGGGACAGCCCUUUGGAACAGACCCUUCAGAAUAGGCCUUACUACAGCUAAUUAAAAAAUACACCUGUAAGCAGAUAGUUUUUCAAGGUGCCAGGCUGCUACUGUAAACUCACAGAUAAAAAGGACCUGUUUGAUUAUUGAUAUAUUUGAUUUGUAAAAAAACCAACCCAUAAGAGCACUCAGUAUGAAAAAAACAUAUUCUUGGUCCCUCCAAUGCAGCUGAAGGUGUUUCCACUAAGCUUCAGGUCCUCUCUGCAUUUCUCUAACCAGUGACACCAGUGCUAAGAAAUGGGAGCCAGCAAUGCUUUGGCUUUUGCAGGAUGGGCCCUGGGCCAGACAGUGCAGUGUGGGAUUUUUUAAACUGGAUUUCAGAAAUCUGAGUUCAGAAAUCUGCUAAAUCUAGAGUUAAAGGACAUGGGCAUGAGCUGAUACAAGUCCUGCAGGAGGCUUUCAAAGUUUGGUGGAAAUAAGCACCAGUUCAGCUGGCACAGAUCUAUAGAGAGGCAGCACUCUCAGGGCCCAGCUUCAGCUGAGACAUUUAAGGUGGGCAUGUUCCUUUUGAAGGGCUGGUGGUUACACUACCUGUGAAUCAAAAGCAAAAUGAAGAUAAUGAGAAGGGUUUUUGAGCUGUAUUUCUGUUAAAGCUGGUUCCAUUUCCCUCACCCCCUUCUUUAAUAAAAAAAAAAAAAAAAUCCCAAACGGGAGGUGCACUUUAACAGGCCUAAAGCACAAACCCUUCCCCUUCAAGCUCCCCCUGCUUCUGUGCUGUCACUGUGCAUGUACCGUCUGCGCAUCUUCAGGGACACCAGGGGCAUCAGCUUUAACAGCAACAGGCCACAGAACUGUCUUCUGCUUGUUUCCAUGUUAUGUGGUACUGAAAUGCAAUUUCUUGUUCAUGCGUUACUAAUUAAAAGCUCUUUAAAAUUACUGCAUUGCUCUCACUUUCUUGAGGGAACUGUAAAGACCACGGGCACCUUUUCCUAUAGAGCACAGCUGGCAAGGCUAUGGUCCACAUUUUUUUGGCCAGUCAGAGCUCUGGGCUUUAGCUGCUGCAGAUCUUAGCAAGGUCAGAAACAAAAUUAUAGCAAAGUAAAAGAGAAGGUAUUGUACCAGCAGGGCCCCACAUUAGGAGCCUUUACUGAACAUUUCACUUGAAGGUGCCUUCUGGUAAAAUGAGAAUCAUACAAUCAUCAAUCACCUCAGUUGUGGAAAAAUUAAAAGGGCAGGACUUGUGUUUCACAGAAAUGCCUUCUCACUGAACAAAUCCAUAGUGAAAGCAUGACCUCCUCCCUGGAGCUGCAAUUAAAAGGCUUAGCCCAAAACCUGCGUGUUUCUCACAGGUGGCAGGUAGUGUUGGUGGGGUGAGAAGGUAAUUUAUAAGAUAAAUAAGGUCUUAUUUACAAGUCAAGGCUAGUGAUUUUAGAUGAGUCUUUCCUGCUCUAAUGCAAAAUGAAGCAGCUGCCAGUCCCAAAUGUAGUUACCAGCCCAGGCCCAGAGGACCCCUGCAGAGCUUUUGAGCAAUGUGUGGCUUACAGCAAGCUCCAGAGAGACUGGUACUGGAUCCUGCUGCCUACCCAGCACAGAUAAAUGGAAAUUGGUUUUCUGCAGCUUUCUCAGAAAACCAACAGUGUGUUAGAUAUUACCACAGUCACACCCAGAAAAACUGCACAUGGCAUUUAUUUUGGAUAGCACCACAGGGUACAUAGACACUUUACAGCCCUGGCCUCCACAGCUCUCAGUCUAGGGAGGUGCAGCAGCAGGGAUGGUGUUGCCUACCCACCACUGCUCCACCUGAGGAUUGAAUGAGAAGUGUCUCAUCAAGGAACAUGGGCUGGUCAUUUUCUCAGUGCUAGGUUGUUACACUGUCAGUACAUCAGCGCCUGGUUUGUGCUCUGCGGCAGUUCCCGACACCACCCACUGCAGCUCAAUGCCUUUGCUUACUUUAAGAAAAGUUUUAAAGUGGGAGCUUUCACUAGGAUUGCCUGCUGUCCUUUCCUGCAGCAUGCCUGCUGACCUGCUGGAGAAAAAGAAAAUAAGAAGCAUGGGGGCACAUGGAAGACUCACACGGGCACAAGGCCAAAUUAAGAAAAAGAAAGGAUAGUCUAAACAACCCAUUUAAUUACACACCAGACCAGUUGACUACACUGUUUUAAGACAAUACUUUUGUUGUUAGCAUGAGCCUGCGCCAGCACAACAACUAGACAUCAACCAGUGUCAAAUAGAAGCCAGUCUAUUUCGAGUGUGGGAUCUUCAACAUCUUGAAAUGCUUCAGGGCCAAGAACCAACGUGCCCAGUUUGCCACAUUCUGGGAAUCACUGCUGCUGUCUCCCCCCGCUGCUUCCCCUGCAGUCAGGAACCAGCUCUUCCAGCUCCUUCCCUCCACAGCAGGUGCUUGUGAUGCAGCUGUAGGGAUGGGGAGAGCAGCCACAACUCUAUCCAGCAUGGAGACCGGAUGUGCUGGCACCAAAUUCUUAAAAUCUGACCACUUCCCUACAUCACACCCUUGAAUUGUAACCUAGCAGCUGAGAAACACCGAACUGCAGCUUGAACAGCUGCUGUACACAACCUCCCUCUCACAACACCCAACUUCAGUCCCACUUUCAACUCUCCAAGUGCAGAAUUCUUACUCAAGAUGGCACUUGCUGCCUAUUAAUCAAGUUACAAGCUCUGAGCUUUCUUCUGCUUGGCCCCCAGCACUUCAAGAUCCCUCCAAGUAAAUCAGCUCUGACUUUACACCAUUUCUGCUCUACACAUUUUUUUCCUCCUAUGUAUCCCUUUUCCUCCUUCUGCUGCAAUCCAAAAAGCUGCACUCUGCUGCUCCCACAAGCAGCCUAACACUUUCCCUCACAUGUAGCUUUCUGUCUUUGAGAUGCCUCAGCCAAUGCAUGAGACAUAAAACCAACUCCAGAAAUAUUUUUUAGCCAUUUCUAGUAAAGAAAGAGAAGAUAGAGGAAUUUCUCUAGGGAGGAAUGAAAAUAAUUCCAAAGGCAGGAGGUUUUUUUGCCUCAAGGGCCAACUCAGUCUAUAACAGUCUGAGAACUGGAAUGGGAAUUGAGAUGCUUCAAAAUCAGUGUUAUGCACAGCACAGACAGCUAGAGAUCCCACCAGAUCCCAUCAAUCUGACCAGUCACAUGGCCAAGGGAGAAGGAUUGAAGCCCCAUACACCAACAAUAAGGACAGAGAACAGGGUAAAAACUGCCCAGGAAAGCUUAUUGGAAAUUAAGAACCAUUUCAUCUGCUGAACACUGGAGCACACCUGGUUCCUGUGUGACCCACUGCAAGGUCCUUUGUACACACUGGCAAAAUGAACAGCCACAGGAAGAUCAAUAAUCCCAUGGAUACACAACAGGCACCUACCCCUAAGAUGAGAGGGAGCCAAGUGACAGAACAGGCUUCCAGAAGAAAUUUGGUUCUUUCCUACUCAAAGCAUCUCCACUCUCCUUUAGCCUAGAGAAAAACAGGAAAGGACUGAGCACAAGUAGGAAAGGUGCUGAUGCCUGGCCAGUGAAACAGCAAGUAGAUUGGAAAACCAAGCAUUUAGCCACAUACUUCCUAAGUGGGAGGAAAUGGUGGAGUGAAAGCAGCCCAAAACCAGGGAGGAACAAAACAGAAAGGAGAUAGGGAAAGAAGCAGACAGGGAUUAGUUCCUGCAAGAAGGAAACAAAGUGUCAAGAAGUAAUCCGGGUACCUGACCUGUAAUUGGCACUGACCCGAGGGUGUGGCAGAGGAGCUCAGCUCCAGAGAGCCGGUGGUGACUUUUGUGGAAGCCAGAGCGGGAAGUGCUAUGCACAGGUCAGCCGGCCGUAAGACAACACUAAGUAAAUAUUUCAUUUUUGAUGCAAGGAGCACCUUUAGACAACUCUUCUCCCAUACCAAAGCAAUACAUGAACCUCUCCCAAGGCUUUCCUACCCCUGCUGACAGUCAUGUUUUCAUCCCUCCAGCAGGCAUGUAUGGAAAUGCUGCAGCACAGGUUUUCAAAUGUACACACAUCACCAACUUUUCCCUUUGCAGCUAUGGCAGAGCUCUUUUUGUGCAGAGCUCUGCCAUAGCUGCACUCCCCUGCCUAGCAGAACAACACCAGGAACUAGAACAUCUUCUGUGUUCCUCACCCAGGAGUGAUGUCACUCCUGAAAAGGGGACAACAACUGACCUUCACCAAAGCCAUCCAUCUUAUUUUCCAGACAUGGGCUGCUUUAAGCUCUAAGUUUCUGUUCCAAAAUAGGAAGGGCUUUAGUCCACAUAAAAAGAGCAAUGUAAAUAUCUGCUAUUCAUUUAACUGCUUUCAACUAAUAGACAUAUUUUUUAAAGUAGGUUUAUUCAUUAAGAUCAUGUAAUUUAGUUACACCCAAAUUAAAGUUUACUUUCAAACCAACCAGAAUAUAAAUGCUGAAAACUCUCUUAAGCUACAAACACUUUAAAAUUAUCAGAUCAAAACAGUGACCAACAUUUUACUCUUCAAUUUUUUCAGAAAUUACUCAUGCUCUUUAACAGCUUCCUGAGCACAUGCUUGCCACUUGAACAAGUAAACAUCCUUGCAACAUUUGUUUCACUUUGUGUGCACACCAAGAAAUAAGUUAAAAUGCCCUAACAGAGGGUCCUGUCAGAGAAAUAUAUACUACAUCUGGACCAAACAUGACAAUUCUGUAAACAUCAGACAAGGCUAGAGUCAUUGCCAAUAUAUAUUUAUGCAUAUUUAAUAGGAAAGUUUCUGCAGCUGUUGGAGUAUUUUUCCAGAUAAUGAGAAGCAUUUCAGAGGAUUUUAAAACCAUUUUGUACCCAUGUGGAAAAGAGUUGAAAAGGUUCAGUUACACUGGUAGUCAGUAGUUAACAGAAAGUAUUUAGAAACGAGAGUCCAUUUGUGGUUCUUGUACUCUUCUUUUCUCCACUCAGGAAAUUAAAAGUUUCUCUUUAUGAAACCUUAUCAUUUGGAUUUAAAAUUUUCUGCUCAUUUCUCAUUUCAACUCUUCUGGUUAUUGCAUCAAUUUCUCCCUCAGUUAAGAUGUGAUGUGAAGAGCAAGGACCAGUGGAACAGCACAGUUUCUUAAUUCCAGCAGCCUACAAAUACCCUUCUUAGAGAUAAGUAAGUAUUUUUCAGCACCUUCAAGUAAUCCCUGUCCCCACAGGGAAGGGAGGAAAGAGGAAAAAUUAAUAAAUAAGAAAAUAAAUUAUACCCUUCUUCCACCAGAAAAA